GCCCCGCGUUUCCCCGCGCCCUCGCCCCCUCGCCCCCCACCACCGCCCCUCCGGGGGUCGCGCGCCCACGAUGCCGCAGGGUCCCGGCUCGCUGCUGCUGCUCGCGCUCGCCUCGCACUGCUGCCUGGGCUCGGCGCGCGGGCUCUUCUUCGGGCAGCCUGACUUCUCCUACAAGCGCAGCAACUGCAAGCCCAUCCCCGCCAACCUGCAGCUGUGCCACGGCAUCGAGUACCAGAACAUGCGGCUGCCCAACCUGCUGGGCCACGAGACCAUGAAAGAGGUGCUGGAGCAGGCCGGAGCCUGGAUCCCGCUGGUCAUGAAGCAGUGCCACCCGGACACCAAGAAGUUCCUGUGCUCGCUCUUCGCCCCCGUCUGCCUCGACGACCUGGACGAGACCAUUCAGCCGUGCCACUCGCUCUGCGUCCAGGUGAAGGACCGCUGCGCCCCGGUCAUGUCCGCCUUCGGCUUCCCCUGGCCGGACAUGCUCGAGUGCGACCGCUUCCCCCAGGACAACGACCUCUGCAUCCCCCUCGCGAGCGGCGAUCACCUCCUGCCGGCCACCGAGGAAGCUCCAAAGGUAUGUGAAGCUUGCAAAAGUAAAAAUGAGGAUGACAACGAUAUUAUGGAAACACUUUGUAAAAAUGAUUUCGCACUAAAAAUAAAAGUGAAGGAGAUAACCUACAUCAACAGAGAUACCAAGAUCAUCCUGGAGACCAAGAGCAAGACCAUCUAUAAGCUGAACGGUGUGUCUGAGAGGGACCUGAAGAAAUCCGUGCUGUGGCUUAAGGACAGCUUGCAGUGCACCUGCGAAGAGAUGAAUGAUAUCAAUGCACCCUACCUGGUCAUGGGACAGAAGCUGGGUGGAGAGCUGGUGAUCACCUCGGUGAAACGGUGGCAGAAGGGGCAGAGAGAGUUCAAGCGCAUCUCCCGCAGCAUCCGCAAGCUGCAGUGCUAGUCCCACAGGCUGGGUUUCAGCCACUCCCAACAGGCCUGGUCUGAGCCGCUGACACUCCG